GCUUCUGACGUUGACUAAAACAGGAAAAGGACCAUGUUUUGCGCGCAUGCGGUGUCUCUGAAAGGUCUUGCGACUAUUCACGCACAAUGUCAGAUCUUCAGCUCAAGACCGCCACUUCCAAUUCCGUUUGCCUUUGCAAAAAUUAUGCUCUAGACAUUUGUGACGACCAUUGGUAGGGCCACUCGUGGCGACGGCCGAGUUCAUCAUAUACGUCCUGUGCCUGCCAUCCCAGGUUUCAACCAUUCCUAUUCACAGAUCGCUCAACGAAAAGACUAUCGAUCCACCUAUGGUCAUGGCCGAAUCACAUUUGCCUUUGUUCUUUGCCUUGGUCGCUGUGGCUUUGUCGGUCUUUUACUACGUCUUCACGCAAUACCGCCGCCUGCCACCUUUCCCAGUCGUCAAUGCUUACAGAAACGAUUUCAAUCGAGCAAAGGCACAUCACGAAUAUCAAACAAGAGCGAGGGAACUCGUUUCAACGGGUCUGGCUCAACACCACGGUCGUCCUUUCACCAUCAUUACGCCCAACGGCCCGAAAGUCAUCCUUUCGUCUGCACUGUCAGAUUGGGUCAAGAACAACAAGGAUCUUGAUCACCCGGCACUUGUGAGAGAUGACUUCCUCGCUGGCUACUCUGGCUUCAAUGCUCAAACCGUCUUACACGAAGGCAGCCAAGUUGUUAACUUGAUCAAGUCUAAACUGUCCAAGAACGAGACCCAUAUCUCAGUCAUGAACACCCACAUCACUGGAGUUUUGGAUCAGUCUUGGGGUGCAGAUCAGUCCUGGCAUUCCAUCGACUGGCAGAAGGAUACCACAUCACUCAUCUCGCACGCUGCUGCGUCUGUCUUCGUUGGGCCUCACCUUGCCAAAAACCCAGAGUGGCAGAGUCUUACCAACAAAUAUGUUAUGAAUUAUUUCACUGCUCUCGGUCAGAUUCGAGAGUGGCCUGCACCACUCUGGCCUGUUGCACAUCUUUUCAAUCCACUGUCUCGCACAUGCCGUCACGACAUGAAGCGUGCUCGGAUCAUGAUCACCGAAGAGCUCAGAAGGAGGAAGAGUGAAGAAACACAUUCAACAUUACCCUACAACGAUACAAUUGAGUGGUUGUCUGCGGCUGCUGGUGAAAAGCCUAUCGAUCUAGGUGCUAUGCAGUUGGCUCUUGCUAUUGCAGCGCUUUUUACCACAUCUGAGGCGCUCCGCCAGACAAUCUUGGAGAUCUGCAAACAUACAGACAUCGUCUCGCCUCUGCGCAAUGAAGUCGAAGAGGCCAUCGCUCAACAUGGUUGGACUACGGCUGCUUUGAUCAAGAUGAGACUGAUGGACAGUGUCAUGAAGGAAGCUCAAAGGACUCUUCCGGCUUCUGUCGGCCUUGAGCGCAAAGCUUUGCGCGACACGAUGAUGCCUGAUGGCGUCAAGAUUCCGGCUGGAACUCACAUUGCAGUUGACGCUUCUCUCAUGUGGAGCCCAGAAGUCUACGCGUCGCCAGAAACAUUCGAUGCCCGUCGUUACUUGGACCUUCGCGAAAAGACGGGUAGUCCGGCCCAUGCAUUUACUGCGACAAGCAAAGAGCACAUCACUUUUGGUCAAGGUAGAUCUGUUUGUCCCGGACGCUUUUUCGCUGAAACCGACAUGAAGCUCUGUCUUGCACAGAUCCUGCUCAAGUACGACUUCCGUCUCGAGGAGACAUACAAGAGCACUUCGAUAGUUAUGGGCUUCUAUCCCGUUGUGGACCCCUUUGUCAAGGUCGAAGUGCGCCGCAGGAACGCAUCAAGGAUAUGAUGUACCAGUUUUAUAGGAAUAGCCUUAGCUACAAAAGUGCACACUUCUGCUUGUUGACUUGCGAACCCGGCGGGACAAUGGGCAAACAUGUGCUAAAGUCAUGGUGAUAUAUCGAGUGUCGAGACGCCCAUGCCAUGGAGCGGCAUUGGAGCAUUCCAGGUUAUUCUCAAGAGCCCCACGGAAGAAAGGCCCCACCGGCAAUGACCGAAUCGUUUACGGCCGCAAAGACACAA